AUGAGGCUCUCGCAGCAGAUCAAGCCGCGUGCACGGCAGUCGGUCGAUUUCUCAAAGGAGAUUCGACCAGCCACACAGCGUUCUCGACAGUCGUUGCAGCCGUCUCAGCGAGUGCAACAACGUCCACAUCCGUUGGCGCAGCCGUCACUAAGAGAGCCUCGGUCAUCUGAGCGUCCACCUCGACGUUCAAAGCCUCGACAGCCCUCACAGCCGCCUCAGCCAACAUUUGACCAGACAAUCGCGCCGAGACGAGGUUUGACACUCUCGGAGCUGGCGACGGAGCACAAGUCGAAGCGCACCGGUCGCCAAUACAGCACCAGACCGUCGUUGGAGGUCUCGUUGGGACUACCACGUGGUGCCGAGAAAACUGCUGCUGCUCCACCACAAGGCCGGUUGUCGUCUGUUCAACGCCGCGAGAUCAUGGAUCGUGUCGGUAGGUCUGUGAAGAAAGUCAUGUCAUCGAUGCUGCCUGGUGACAAGAACGACGAGCUCUGGAAGACCAAGUUCCAGAAGAAGAACACCUCGUACUAUGCGGACGAGACGAGCGUCAAGCCCGGACAGACGCGGUUCUGCUGCGUGAGCCACACGCACGCGACGGUGGACGAGAUCAUGAGUCUGUUCAUCCCCACCGACGUCGACUCGGUGCUGCACAACAACAAACUGGUCUUCGAUAACGUCAUUGACGCCAAGAUCGUGUCGGUUCUACGCCGUCCGACCAGGCAGCGGCCCAUGCAUUCGCUGUACCUGCGCUACUCGACUUUCCAGACGCCGGGACCGCUGGCGAACCGGGACAUGUGUGUGGCUGUAGCCACCGACAUGUUCCGCCAGCCAGACGGAUCGACCAUCGGCUACUGUCUGUGGGACUCGGUGGAUGAUCUGGAGUUCCUUGACACCGUGAAACAGCCGGGCUUCGACGUCUGCACGAUGUUCCGUUCGGGUUUCUUCUUCCGCCACCCUGGACGGACGACCGGGGACUCGAUGCAAGGACAAACCAAGAUGAUCUACAUGGUCGGCUUAAAGACGGGAGCCUGGGCGUCUGGACUCACGGCUCGGCUUCGGAUGGAGAAGCACGGGUCAACGCUCGAGCGUGUGCGCACUCAUUUCCGUCGAAAGUAUCUGGAUCCGAGUACUUUCGUCAUCAAGACGGAGUGGGAGUCCAAGUGCGCGGCCAAGAGCUGCAAACAGUGCGACAAGACGUUCCAAGUGCUCUCGAAUCGUGUGAACUGCCACGCGUGCGGUCACGUUGUGUGUCGUCCGUGUGUCUCCAAGGAAUCGGUAGAGGUGCAUACCGUUGGUCUCGUCCCUAUCCACGUCUGCUUUUGGUGCCUCGAGAAGGCUGGACUUCCAGCUCCUGCAUCGACUCGGAAGACUCGUGCGAGUCUGAGGCAAAGACGCCAUCAGUCGGAGACCGCCAGUGCAUUUCGACAAACCAUCUCUGUCGUCUACACCGAUGUGGGUAGCGACGAGGACACGGAUGACGGCGAGUGGGCUAUUACGACCAUGGGAGUCCCUGUUCGACCGUCACGGAUGGCGGCAUCACCUUCCAAGAGCAUGCAAUCCGCCCCAGGAAAGAUAAAGAAGAGUGGCCAAGAAUAUCGAUUCACGGCCAACGGCUCAGUGAAGGGAACGGCAUUCAAUCGGCUUGAGUCAAGCCACACGCCCAACUUGUGGAAGCCACAAAAGCGCGCAAACGCAAAUCCCACGCCUAUACUUUGGGCAUUUCAAAACUUUCGGAGCGUGAGUUUGGCAUAG